GAUUGGCAGAGAGGGGUGGGGGACACUGAAUGGAGGUCAGUGGAGGGAUUGGCAGAGAGGGAUGGAGGACACUGAAUGGAGACCAGUGGAGGGAUUGGCAGAGAGGGGUGGCAGAUACAGAACGGAGGGAGUUACAAUAGUCAAGGUGACAGAUAACCAGGGAGUGAAUAAGUUGCUUAGUAGUAUCCGAGGUUAAGAACGGCCGUAUCUUGGAGAUGUUGCGGAGGUGAAGUCUACAAGAUUUGGACAGCGAGUUUGAGGAAGUGGAGUGACAUCCAUGCCGAUAUGUCGCUUACUAGGUUAGUAAUGUGAGAAGAGAC